UUAGUUUGUAAGGCGGGCUUUAAAAGUGGGCGUGACAUAGUGGAUAGUAAGAGGAGGUCAAAUCCACAACUACAGUUUGAAUAGCGAAAAGGGUCAGAUAAACAAGUACAUAGCGGUUAAGUAUGCAUUUUAGAUUUUAUAUUUCAGCAAAAAGAUUUAUUUAGGAUAUUUUUUCGGGAUGUUCGUGAGUUUUUCUGCUCUAAAAUAGUAGAAGUGACAGAUGACUUGCUAAGGCUAACGGUGCUCGUCUCGUGUUCGCACACGAGGGUGACAAGCAGCGUUUUCAUCUGACCAAAACAGCUCCGACUUUACGACCCGAAAGCAUCGUUCUUCAUAUAUAUGUAUGAUGCACUGUGUUUCUUCUCGGGGCAUUAAUUUUUUCCUAAAGAUCUUUAGAUAACCUUGCUUCUGCGAAGUGCUUUCUGUUGUCGUUAUCCUGGGAUCUCGUGUCACAGCCACAGCUGUCAUGUUUCACUCUGUUCCCCGUCGUCCCGUCUGCGAGAUCGGCGUAAACACAAUGAGGCUCCAGAGCUCCAGGUCGUUCAGGCGAGCCGUGGAGGAGGGCAGAGAAAAGCUGCAGAAGAUCCCGUGGCUGGGGAGGAACGUGGGCCUGCUGUUGUCAUGGCUCCAGAGGGCAAGUGUGGGUGCCAACGAGGCCGCAGGUCAGAGAAGGAAGGGGCUGCUGUCGAUAUUUGCGGACCACUGUGGCUUCGUGACCGGCCAGAGGCUCCGGCGCGCUUGCCAGGUCGGGGAGCUUUACUCCAAUAUUUACUCCGAGCGAACCAAGUGGACCCUGGUUGGGAAUAUAUGGCGCAGAUUUCAGAGCAGAAACGCUCCCACGGGGAAGCUCGUGGCUGCUCUGGCUGGGAUCUUCAUGUGGGAAAACGAGAAAAUUCAAGAUGAGGAAAUGCGCAGGUGUGGACUCGAACUGCAGGCCUUGGAGGAUGUUAAACGUAUGUACACAUCAUCUGGAACUGUGAGCGGACAGCCAGAUGCCAGCUGGGAAGUCGUGAUGGAGAAGAAAGAUUUCAGAGUGUGGAAGAGACCUAUUCCCAACAGCCACCUCUAUGAAUAUAGAGUCUUGGGUUCAUACAACGAUGUCACUCCAAGACAAUUCUUCAAUGUGCAGUUGGACACUGAAUACAGGAAGAAGUGGGAUGCCUUGGUUAUUAAACUUGAAGUGAUUGACAGAGACUCGAUGACGGGCUCUGAAGUCGUGCACUGGGCAACACACUUUCCUUAUCCAUUGUAUUCAAGAGACUAUGUAUACGUACGUCGCUAUGAAGUUGAUAUCAACAACAAUCUAAUGAUUUUGGUCUCCAGGGCUGUGCAGCAUCCUAAAGUCCCAGAGAGUCAGGAGUUUGUGAGAGUCCACUCGUACCAAUCAAAGAUGGUCAUUCGCCCUCACAAGUCCUUCGAUGAGAAUGGGUUUGAUUACCUGUUGACGUACAGCGAUGAUCCACAGACUGUCUUUCCACGUUACUGUGUGAGCUGGAUGGUUUCAAGCGGAAUGCCUGAUUUCCUAGAGAAGCUGCAUGUUGCUGCUUUGCGGGCUAAGAACUUGGAAAUGGGGAUUCAUGACUACACAGGCGUCAUUAAAUCCAGCGACAUGAAUCGCCCCGCCAACCAGGACCGGCUCAGUGGAGAAAGCGCGCACACAGGUGGUUCUGGGCAGAUUUACGCCUGAGGUGGACAUUUCAUCGACCAGACCCUCAUUUGCUGAUUUUUUUUUUCCUCUCACUUGCACUUGAGUUCAAAUUAAACCCUCCAAUCCCACUUUUAUGGGUACGCUUACAUAAAAACACGUCCAUCCAGAUGUGAAACAGUCGUGGUCGUCGAGGAGACAUCUCAAUUGCAUUAGUGACGGCAUCACUGUUUUUGUAGAAAUAAAAAUACAAAAAAAAAAACACUUUUUUUUUUUUUGCUUAACCAGUCAAUGCCACAGACUAUUUUACAUAGUUUGAUAAAAUUGCUUGUGCAAAGCAUCACUAACAUUAAACAUUUCCUAUAGUAAAGAGACGCUUUUGGGAAAUCACCGUCUUUCUCUUCACUAUUUUUGAGUGUCAUACCAUUUGAUAAAUGUGGUGCGCUUCCACAUAACUGUGGCUGUGAAUUCAUGCAUUGGAUUUUGCAGCGUAUGACAAGGAAAUCUAAUCUCUACUUGUUUUUGGUUUCUUUCAGUUGAAGAAUUUAACUCUAUUUGGCACUAUUAUUUCAGGUUCCCUCAUUUUAUAUAUUUAAAGCACGUGUGUUGUCUGCAUGAGAUUUCUAUGGUUGAACAGGAAAAUUGCAAAUAGUGCUUUUAUAAAGUAACACAGUUAGAGUUCACUGAAUUUAAGAUAAUUCUGAAACUUUUUUUUCUUUUACACAGAUUAGUACAGUUCUCAUAUUUUCCACUUACAGAGUGUGUGUGCUGAGAGAUGCCAGCUCUCUGAAGUUGAAACUUCCUUCAGGCAUUAGGGGGCAUAGUGUCUUAUAACAACCAUAUAAAGCCUCGUGUGAAAAGCAGAGAAACAAAACAGUGCCCUUCCUGAUGCAAAACCUGCCCUAUCCAUCCACUAGUUAAUACAAUUUCCGUUUGUCUAAUUUAUACUCCAUUCAAAUUUAUGUUUGUCGAAGUGAAAUGUUCACUUUUUGUAGUUAUGGGUGUGUUUUUUUUCCCGUGGUGUUAGUUUGUCAAUAAAAAAACAAAAAAAACAUAGACUGGACUGGAAGACAAGCUCUGUUAAAAAGUUUUAAUCAUUAUUUUUUUAAAGUUCUGGAAUUUUGUGAUUUCUCAAAGGUCACCCUAUAUGUAUUGGCAAGAAACUGUAUGAAAAUGGUGUACAGAAGGGGCCACAUGGGGAUUUAAAUGUCGCCUAAAUCAUUAAAUGCAGUGUUUACAGCCUGUCAGACUGGCACUCCGAUAUCCUGUUGUGUUUAAAAGAAAAAGAGCUUCAUGUUAAAUUUUAGGCAGAAUUUGUGGAACAUUUUAAUGACUGUUCCGUCUUUGUGCUAUGCUUCUUUUUUUUUUUCUUUUUUGGGUGAAGUUCCGUGUACUAAUUCACCCUAAAGUGUGUCAAAAGUUUCAUUUUUAGAAUGUCUCAACAUCUAGUAAUUAUGGCUGUGUGUGAUUAUGAUAUAUUGAAUUUGUUUGUAAUAAAAUUACUUUUUUUUUUCUCAGAUGGUCAAACUAAACUGUGAAAUUCAUUUUUAACCUAAUUAAAUAUGCCAUAUUUUUUGCCGACAGUAAGCAUGUGUCUGAAUGUAGCAGCCAGGGCUGUUAUUUAAAGAUACCAGUGUGCCACCUGCAGUUCUCUACAGGGUUUUUUUGGUUAUUCUUAACCAGCACGUGUGGUUUACUGAGCUGGUGUACUCACACCCCAACAAUUACAUAAAAUUUGAAAUAAAGGAGUGACUAACCAGUUGAAAUGACA